AUGGCGUGCGGCAGAAAAGGCGAAAGCGGAGAAGAAAUCGAGGAGGAAAGAACGGCUUGGAUGCGAAACCAAGAAGUAGAAAAAUGGGAGAGACAACAAGAGAAUGAGGCGAACGUGGACACGGAGACGACGGAGGUGACGGAGGCGGCGGAGGAGGUGAAAGGCGGCCUCUUUGGUAGAUGA